CCCGACGACGACCAUGGCCGACACCAGCAACUACGACUACCUCUUCAAGAUCGUCCUCAUUGGAGACUCUGGUGUCGGAAAAUCCAAUCUUCUCUCGCGUUUCACGCGCAAUGAGUUCAGCCAGGACACCAAGUCGACCAUCGGCGUCGAGUUCGCCACGCGCUCAAUCACUGUAGAGGGCAAGAUCCUGAAGGCGCAGAUCUGGGAUACUGCUGGCCAGGAGCGCUACCGCGCCAUCACCGCUGCCUACUACCGCGGGGCCGUCGGCGCGCUGCUCGUGUACGACAUCUCGAAGCGCGGCUCGUACGAGAACGUGCAGCGCUGGCUGAAGGAGCUGCGCGACCACGCGGACUCGAACAUCGUCAUCAUGCUCGUCGGCAACAAGAGCGAUCUCAAGCACUUGCGGGCCGUGCCCACGGAUGAGGCGCGCGCGUUUGCGGCGGAGAACGGCCUGUCGUUCAUUGAGACCUCCGCGCUCGACGCCUCGAAUGUCGACUCGGCGUUUGAGACGAAUUUGACUGACAUCUACCGGAUAGUCUCCAGCAGGACUCUGGAGUCGUCCGCCAACCCCAUAGAAGCACCCUCCGGCAACACCGUCAGCGUCGGCCCCUCCCUCGACUCCAACGCCAAGCAGAGCAACGGCUGCUGCUAGUCGGUGCCGUCCUGUUAUGUCGAUGCGCUAGACGAGGAAGCUGCAUAUGCCUCACGAACAUCCCGUCCUCGGCGAUCCUUGCUGUUCAGCAGGUUGUAGCCGUCCGAGCGAGCUCUUUGUGCGCUCGAAGAACACCGUACACACCUGUGCCAGGACUGGACAUACGCUGCUCCCCUCGCUCGCAUUUUGGUCUGGAUAUCUGUAUUCUAGAUACGUGCUUCUGUACCGUGUAAUGCCCUAACGCUCUUGUCGCCACAGUGACUACAAUAUACCUCCUUCAUCUCA